AAAAAUUUCCAAAUCAAAAUAUCUUCUUCUCCUUCAAUAUUACACGUCACCAUUGUAAAAUUGCUCUGAGCUUGAGCUUACAGUAAAGAACUUAGCUUGGUAUCAGAGUCAUAGAUCGUCAGACUUUGAAUGUUGUUAAUCUGUGUAAAUAUCGAUAAGAUCAUAUUCCGAUUUAUGUGCACCUUUGUUGUUUCCUUAGGGCAUCCAUGGAGGAAACUCGAAUUGAUGCUACUGAUCCACUCUACUUAAAACCUGCGGAUACACCGGGUUCAGUUUUAAUUCCAGUAAAACUCACUGGAUCUGAGAACUAUGGCUUAUGGAGCAGAUCGAUGUGGAUCGCACUGCUAGGUAAGAGGAAGCUAGGUUUCGUCACUAACACAUUAUCAAGAGUUCGUAUAAGGAUCGUUUACUUGAGCAAUGGAAAACUUGCAACACCAUUGUUCUCUCAUGGAUCAUGAACAUGAUUUCUGAGGAGCUUCUUAGUGGAAUCGUUUAUGCAUCUGAUGCACAUCUUGCUUGGGAAGAUCUUAAGAGAGUUUUGACAAGGUUAAUUGAGUUCGCAUAUGACAGUUACACAAAGUUACGAUCUUACAACAAGAUGAAGCGGAUUGGUAGAGAACAAGGAAGCCUGUAUUUGACUGAAGGAACAACAAAUGAUGGGAAGUUGUCAGCAAGUGUGAAAUCAAUUCACAUGACAAGUAGCAAUAAAGAGCAGGAGCUAUGGCAUAUGAGCUACAAAGCUUUCUUCGAUUCCGAAUCCAUUGUCUUCGUUAAAAAGGUAUGGCAUUUCCUGUUAUAUUCUUUAUUUUCCUUGCCUCUUUUUCUCUAAUUAUCCUUAUACUUUUUUUCAGCAUGAAGUAGAGGUAAGGCUUGUGAACACUACCAUCUACAAACUUCAUUUUGUAGACUUAUACUGAAUUAGUUGUUAUUAUUUAUUUAUAGCAGGUCAUUUUUUGAAUUUUUUUGCUCUAAGUACUUCUAAUUACAUUGACCAAGGUAAUAGCUUAAAGUUGGCUCUGCAACAAUAUAAUCUCAGUAUUAUUUCAUGAAAAUUUACUUUUAUUUUAUUUGUGUUCAAUUAGAACUCACAUGUUCUUUGAUAGUUAAUACUUAGAAUAAGAACGUGUUGAUUUCAUACUAUAUCACAGGUAUUCUAAUUUGAUCGAAGGAGAUAUACGAGCUCUUUUCACUGUGGGAUCAAAGUACUACUUUGUAUUCUUUUCAAUUAAGUGUCUCUCUUAUCCUCUCGUAUAUUUACUUGAAGGAAAAAAAUCAAAAAAUUGCUCUGAUUAUCAAUGUAAUUAGUUUGUCUUAGACUUGAUGUAGUUAGUUUCUUUUUGAGGAAGUUGAAGUAAAGAUUAGCUUGUAAUUCUUGAAAAACUUAACUUUUUUGUGUA